AUGGGCAACACAGCGGGUGCGCUCAUUACACCAUAUAUCGUGGAGAGGUCGCUUGAAGCAUAUGGCUAUGUUGGAGCUAUGCUUAUUUUGGGUGGUAUCAGUUUACAUGCCAUUCCGGCAAGUGUCGCUCUGAGGAAUCCUCCAAAAACCCCGAUGAGAAGCUCUAAUCCGGAAAGAGAGGCAAAGGCUUUGAUUCUAGAUGAAGAACGGUCUUCGAAACGUCACCUCAGGAAGACACGACAACCUACUAACUCUAAUCAUAUGAUCACAGAAGACAAUCAACAAAAUAGACCGGCAGUUUUUCUUGAACGUCAUGACGAUACAAUAAAACAGAAAUUCAAGAAGUUGGUUCAAAGCUGCAUUUUUAUACAAGAACCUCUGAUGACCAUUUCAUUUGCUUCCAUUUUCUUUACUCAUUUUGGAUUUGAUUCCUGGGUUCUCUUCUUGGUGUCGAGAGCUGAAUGGCAUGGUAUCCCUAGCUCCGACGCAGUUUUGUUGUCGACUUUAGCUGGUGCAGGGGGAAUCAUUGGACGAUUAGUCUACAUAGCGUUUAUUUACUUUGGCGCCAAUGCCAUCUUCCUCUCCUUCAUAUUCAACAUGAUAUCAGCAAUCACAUUUCUGAUGGACCCGCUCAUUACAACCUUUCCAGAGAUGUGUGUGGUAGCUUUUAUCCAGGGGUGGUGUCUCUUCUCGUGUCAAGUUUCAACGUCUGCCUACCCCAAGUAUGCUGCUUCUGAUAAAAACUUUACACUAUAUGCAGGAAUUCAGGGUCUGAUGGCUGGAUUGGGAGCAAUCGUCGGUGGUUUUAUGUCAGGUCUUAUAAAGGAUGCCAGCCAGUCAUUCACUACCGUAUUCCUUGUCCUUGGAGCUGUGUUCACCGUAAACUCGAUGACUACUUUGCUGUUUUUUGUUGCCCAUCGCAGAAAAAGGGCGCUGCCUUCACCGUGUGGUGAUUAAAAAACAAAGGCACGGUUGAUAUCAAAUCAAAGAUGGAUGCAAUAUACAUUAGUUGAUAUAUAUGUAUUUUCAGUAUAAAAGACAAGGAUUAUUUUAAAGAGACUUUCAGUUCAUGUACUGCCAUCGCAAUACAUUUUAAUGGAAGAUUUUUUUAAAUUAUACGUUCUUUGACAGGUUACCAAUGGAGAUUUUUUUAAGAUAGGUGUAAUGUGACUACGUUUGCUUGACAGAGAAAUGGUGCGUGCAGCUGCAUUUUGUAGUUUUUGUAACUGUGCAAUUUGUAAAUUUGGUAAAUUAUAGAGUAGACUGUUGCCGAGACCCAGACGUGAAGAAAUAAGUGAGUGAACAAGUUUCUCUGUUGCCGAACGAGUCGGAUAUUUCCGGCGGAAAAGAAACAGAAACUAGUUUGUCAUCUGCAUAUAAAUGAUAGUGAACAGAGUGACGUGGAAAAACCUUUCUGAGACCCGUAAAGCUAUGGUCACAACACCUAAGA